GGGGCGGGGGGGGGGUCUUGCGGCAGAUGACGUCAUUAGCCCGACCCCCCCCCCCCACCGGAGCUUAUAUAAUCACGUGACACGCCGACCGCCUCCCUCUUUCGCUUGUGGCAUCCUUAGCGUUCACAUUUGCUGACGGCCUAGGCAACCACCUCCAUCCAUCAUGGGCAAGGAAAAGACUCACAUUAACAUCGUCGUCAUUGGCCAUGUCGACUCUGGGAAAUCCACCAGUACCGGCCAUCUCAUCUACAAGUGUGGCGGCAUUGACAAGCGUACCAUUGAGAAGUUCGAGAAGGAGGCCGCUGAGAUGGGCAAGGGCUCCUUCAAGUACGCCUGGGUGCUGGACAAGCUGAAGGCCGAGCGUGAGCGUGGUAUCACCAUUGACAUCUCUCUGUGGAAGUUCGAGACCCAGAAGUACUACGUCACCAUCAUCGACGCUCCUGGCCACAGGGACUUCAUCAAGAACAUGAUCACCGGGACAUCGCAGGCUGACUGCGCCGUCUUGAUCGUUGCGGCCGGAGUAGGUGAGUUUGAGGCCGGUAUCUCGAAGAACGGCCAGACCCGUGAGCACGCCCUGCUCGCCUACACCCUGGGUGUGAAGCAGCUCAUCGUCGGCAUCAACAAGAUGGACUCCACCGAGCCCCCCUACAGCUCCGACCGUUACAACGAGAUCGUCAAGGAAGUCGGCACCUACAUCAAGAAGAUCGGCUACAACCCGGCCGCCGUGGGCUUUGUGCCCAUCUCCGGCUGGCAUGGGGACAACAUGCUGGAAGCCAGCACCAACAUGCCGUGGUUCAAGGGAUGGAAGGUCGAGCGCAAGGAUGGCAAUGCUUCCGGCACCACUCUCCUGGAGGCUCUGGAUGCCAUCCUGCCCCCGAGCCGCCCCACCGACAAGCCCCUCCGCCUGCCCCUCCAGGAUGUCUACAAAAUUGGCGGUAUUGGGACAGUGCCCGUGGGUCGUGUUGAGACUGGUGUCCUGAAGCCCGGCAUGGUGGUGACCUUUGCUCCCGUGAACGUCACCACUGAGGUCAAGUCUGUGGAAAUGCACCACGAGGCUCUCACAGAGGCCGUUCCCGGCGACAACGUUGGCUUCAACGUCAAGAACGUGUCCGUCAAGGAUGUGCGUCGAGGCAACGUUGCUGGUGACAGCAAGAACGACCCGCCCAUGGAGGCUGGCGUCUUCACCGCCCAGGUGAUUGUGCUGAACCACCCUGGCCAGAUCAAUGCUGGCUACUCGCCUGUGGUUGACUGCCACACUGCCCACAUUGCUUGCAAGUUCGCUGAACUGAAGGAGAAGAUCGACCGUCGCUCGGGCAAGAAGCUUGAGGACAACCCCAAGUUCCUGAAGUCUGGGGAUGCCGCCAUGGUUGACAUGGUUCCUGGCAAACCCAUGUGCGUGGAGAGCUUCUCCGACUACCCACCCCUGGGGCGCUUUGCCGUGCGUGACAUGAGGCAGACGGUGGCUGUUGGUGUCAUCAAGGCCGUCGAGAAGAAGGCUGCAACAACUGGGAAAGUCACAAAGUCCGCCCAGAAGGCCACCGGCAAAGCGAAAUGAAUCGCCUGUCAAUCCACCCAAGAUGUCACCAGAAGAGGACCAUCGUCUUUCAUUACCUUCAGCGGACCACCAUCUUUGUGCUUAAUGCAAGCGCUUUUAAUUUCUUUGAGUAACCUGCACAGUUUAUUAGUUGCUGAAAAGAUGAUGUUGAUCAAAAUGCAGUGGAAACAUCACAGAAGGAAAAGAUUGUCCAGCAUUUGUGACGCACAUUAAAGUAAUAAACAUUGCAGUUGAACGUG